AUGCACUCGGCGCACGUGACCUACGGGUCGCUGCCGACCACGUCGACAGCACUGAGCCUCUGCGUCGACUACGCCGCCGAGUGGUGCGCGGGCGAGUCGGCCUACGAGGGCGACCUCUUCGACGACCCCGAGCGCGUCGAGGCGGCGCUGCGGGAGUCGGCGGCCGUGGGCGUGGCGCCGGCGUCGGCGGGCGUCGCCGAGGUCGUCGCGUCGCGGCGCGACGCGCUGCGGCUCGUGGCCAAGCCCGUGGAGCUCCGCGCGGACCCGGAGUCGGCGAACUCGGAGCGGUGGCUGCUCCCGCAGCUCUCCGGGCUGCUCGGCGCGCUGCGCGGCACGUCCGGCUGCGUCCUGCUGUCCGCGUCCAACGGCGUCGCCUUGGCCAUCUGCUGCCGCGGCGACGGCGGCGCGGUCGACGAGGACCGCGAGGGCGACGACGCGGGCGAGCUCCGGGGCGCGCUCGGCUCCGUGUGCUUCGACCCGGCGCCGCGGCCCCUCUUCCGCCUGCGCGGCGCGUCGGCGCUGCGGUUCACGUCCGUCCGGGGCCUCCAGCUCCACGUGCUCGCCGUGCUGUCGUCCGUCGACGACGGCUCCGACGACCGCGCCGCGAGCCUCGCGCUCGUCGUGAGCCCGCGGCGCGACGACGGCGCGCGGCUGCGGCGCAUGGAGGUCGACGCGACGCGCAUCCGCCGCGCGGAGAAGAAGCGCGCCAUCGAGCGCCAGCGCGCCGAGGUCGCCGCGCUCCGGUCGCGCGUCGCCGCGGGCCGCGGCGCGAAGGCGCCGCGGCCGCCGCGGCCGCCGCCCGCGUCGCCGCGGAAGGACGACGCGCUCGCGCGCGACGCGGCCCGCGACGCCGCCGCGGCCUUCGACCGGCGCGUCGCGACGCCGACGCGCGAGACGAACCCCGUGCUCGCGGCCGUCGACGCCGCGGCCGUCGCCGCGGCGGAGCGGAGCGACGAGACGCGGCGGAGCUUCGAGGCGCUGGACGCCUUCGACGCGCCCGCGGCCGCGGCGACGGCGCUGCUCGCGAGCGUCGAGGGCGAGGACUUUGCGCGCUUCGGCGCGCGGCUCUACGAGACCAUGCGCGGCGCGGCCGUCGACGGCGCGGACCCGGGCCGAUGGUCGACGGCGGACCCGGCGCCCGGCGACGCGCGCGGCGCGCCGCGGUCGACGCUCGACGCGGCGUCCGCGGCCUGGGAGGCCGUCGCCGCGUCGAACGUCGACCCGGGCGACGGCGCGUCCCGGCUCCUCGCGAGCGUCGAGGGCGAGGACUUCCUCCGCUUCGGCGCGCGCCUCUACGAGACGAUGCGCGCGGCGACGGUCGACCUCUCGCUCUCGUCCGCCGCGGGCGCGCCGCCCCGGGCGAACCCCGUCGUCGAGAGCGUGACGUCGCUCCCGCCGCCGCCGGCGCGCGUCUCCACGGCGUCCGCGGCGGGCCGGCCCGUCCACGACCUCUCGCUCUCGUCGCUCUCGUCGCACCACGUCGCCGCGGCCGCGCGCCGCUCGGCCGCGGCGCCCGACGGCGACGCCGCCGCGGCCUCGGACGCGCCGUUCCCGGCCGACGCCGCGUUCUCCGUCGACGCGCCGGCCUGGGCCGACGCGCCCGCCGCGGCGGGCGCGCCGCCGACGCGCGACGACGACGGCGACGCGCCGCUCGAGGAGUCGUUCCUGUCCGCGACCGCGGGCUCCCUCGACGCGUCCGGGUCGCCGCCGCCCUACGCGGCGCCGGCGGGCUACUUCCCCGACGACGCGCCCGGCUUCGACGACGCCGCCGCGGCCGCGCCGCGGCCCGAGGACGCGCCGCGCUACGAGGACGCCGCGCGCUACGCGGAGGCCAUGCGCUACGACGAGGACCGCCUCGACGUCGCGACGCCCUUCCGCGCGGAGCGCGGCGGCGACGACGGCGUCGCGCUCGACCGGACGGACGCGCUCGGCGACGCGGACGAGGUCCUGCUCCAGUCCGCGGCGCCGCCGGAGCGGACCUCCUUCGCGCCGCCGGAGCGGACCUCCUUCGCGGCGGAGGCGUCCGCGGCGGCCCCGUCGGUCCCGGACCUCGGCGCGGUCCUCUCCGCGGCGCUCGACGAGCCGGGCCGGACCUCCUUCGCGGCGGAGCCGGAGCGGGCCUCGCUCGCGGCGGAGGCGCCCGCGCCGGAGGCGGCGGCGCGGUCCAUCCCGGACCUCGGCGCGGUGCUCUCCGCGGCGCUCGACGAGCCGGGCCGGCCGGCCGCGGCGCCGCCGUCGCGCGGCGCCGACGACGCGCAGCGCGCGCUCCUCGCGGCGGCGGCGAACGACGAGACCGUGCGGACCGCCGUCCUCGACUACGUCGCGCGCCACGCCGCCGCCGCGCGCGCGCCCGCGGCGCCCGCGGCGAGCGCGGCGAUGCCCGCGGCGAUGCCCGCGGCGCCGCCCGCGGCGCCGGCCGCGGAGCCGCCCGCGCCGGCGUCGCUCGCGCGGGACCGCGUGCCGCCCGCCGGCUGGGCCGCGACCUUCGACGUCGUCUCCGGCGGCGCCGCGCCCCUCGAGCGCGAGUACCGCCGGGGCGAGCGGCUGCCCGCGCCGCGGCGGCCCGGCGCGGGCACGCCGCCGCGGCGCGCGGCGAGCUCGACGGCGUCGCCCGCGUCCGCGCCCGCGGACGACGCGUCGGACCCGUUCCCCGAGGCGGCCGCGGACGCGGAGGAGGACGCGCGGAAGGCCCGCGAGCGGCUCGCGCGCAUGGAGCGGUUCCAGCGCGAGCGCGCGAAGAAGGCGCGGGCCAUGGACGAGCGGCGCCGCCUCGAGAAGGAGCACGCCGCGGCGCUCCGCGCGGGCGCGUUCGCCGACGACGACGACAACGCGCCGGCGCCGCGGCGCCGCGACGCGCCGCCGCCCGCCGCGAAGCGCCUCUCGAACCGCCGCGCGCUCACGAACGCGCUCACGCAGAUCUGCCUCGCGGGGCCCCACUGCGCGAACCAGCUCAACCUCGCGCUCGAGGCGCUCGACCGGUCGCACGCGGACAACCACCUCGUCGUGCUGAAAGACGACGCCGUCCACACGUUCCGGGGCCUCUACGCGCUCCGCCGGGGCCGCGCCGCGGGCACGAGCGGCGGGCCCUUCGUCGACGCGGAGAAGAUCUACGGCCGCGGGCCCGCGCGCUUCGGCGAGGAGCACGUCAUGAAGUUCCUCAAGUUCAACUCCGCCGCGCGCGCCUUCACGCCCCUCCCCUCCAAGUCCUUCUCCUUCACGACGGACGCCGCCGUCCUCGCCCUCCGCCCCAAGCAGGCGUACUGA